UACAGGAAAGACAGCAGCCCAUGCACAGGUGGUCAAGAUGAUUUCUCCAUUGUGGCUGGUGGGGGCAAUAUGCUGUCUAACAUUGCUACCAGUUUGGCUGGAAGCAAAGUCUCUUCUGAAUACUAUCAAGCAGGAAGAAAUGAGCCCUGUUAGUGAUGUGAGUAUUGAUUCGGACAAGGCUCAUGGCUUCCUGACUCACUCACGACCAAAGCGCAAUGUGGAACCCAGGUGGUACAGAGGCAACCCCGACUUCCAGGCUUACUACCGCUACUACAAUAGUAUUGGACACACAGAGGGGCUGUAUGAGAUUGACCGGAUCAGGCUGCUGUACCAGCAGAUGAGGCAGCUGGAGCAUGUAUACGGCCCCAACGCCUCACACUUCCAGAACAAACUGGGAGUACCCACCAUCAAGAAGUGUGACCCGGCCAUGGACAAAAAAUGCAAAGCCCCUCCCCCUCCCCCUCCUGCCCCAAUAAAAAGCACAUCUCAACCCCCUCCUGCUCCUGCCAUCUCCCAGGCCGAUGUCAUGUACCUGUGCAAUGCCAAGGACCCCCUCUGCAAGCCCCAUAUUGUCUACCUCCCCACCGGGGCAUUGCCCGUACUGUGCGACCCCCGCUACCACCCCUCCUGCAACCUCCACAAGCUCCCUCCUCCACCACCACCCCCAAUGCUUAAAAAAUCUGCCCCACAACUACCACCAACCGCCCCAAAAAAGUCAUCUCCCCCUCCGGCCCCCAUCCACACCUACAAGGGCAUGGAGUAUGACUGCAAUCCCUACUGGGACCCAGACUGCCUGAUAGACCACCCACCCAGACCAUUCCAUGGCAAAGCUGGCCCACCCCCUCCUCCCGUUGAGGAGGAACCAGUUGAGGCCUCGCCACCCCCUGCAGCCAGCAACAAGAAAGUGGCCCAUCCCUAUCCCUACUAUGGCUACCCCUAUAACUAUAACUAUGGGCAUGAACUCUAUGAUCCAGUCCGCUUCCAGUACCCCUCACCACCUUCUGAUUCCCCUGAUGAUAGUGGUAGUGACUAGCUCAUCAAAGCUCUAAAGGCAGCUUUACUUACGCCUCAAGUGUUUUGGCAAUAAUGAAAGAAGACUUGUUUUCCCCUGAAGAUGUAGAUUUAGAAGGACAAAGCAGCAGAGACCAUAAUUAUAGGUAUUUGAGCUAUAAAGCAUGUAACCGUCUUAUCAAUGUGCUGGUGACGCUGUUAUGGUCAGGAGAGCAAACCUAAUUGUACAGCAAUGACCUGCAGGAGAGUGAUGCUUACAAUGAUUGGAAAUAUUACGAUGAUAAGACUGAUUUAUUACUGUCCAAUGCGCCAUUGUCUAUUCAGCAUCCAAAAUCAUGAUUCAAUUACACAAUUUUCAUAGCAAAAAAAAAUAAAGUAAAUAUUGACUCAUUAUGAAAAAUAAACUUUAAAAAAAUUGUC